AUGGAGACUGAGCAUAUCCAUCCCCUCCUCCUCCACUCUCAAGCAGUCUUCCUCCUCCCAGAAGACACUGGCUCCGCGGGUGGCGGGUGGGCCACCAAUUACCAACCACGAAAGGGAGAAAUCCUGUCUACCCACACGAUCUCUCCCUCAAAACCUCCUAAGGCGCGAGGAGAACCAUCAAUCAGAAGAGGCGGGAGGUUCAUCGAAAACAUCUUUCAAUGUGACCGCAUGUGUAUCCAUCUCGUGUUGUUCAUCGCCUCAUGUCGUCCCCCUAUGACCAUCUCUCCCGCAAUCUUCAUCCAUAUCCAUAUAGUCGCCAUGUAUCCAUCUCUCGCAUGUAUCCAUCUCCCCCGCCAUGUCCAUCCCACCGUCUUCCCAUACCAUUCACCCUGCCAAAUCAAUCUCACUGCUCUUCUGCCUUUUCCCGUCUCACCAUCGAGACAUCCCCCGACAUCCUACGGCGUGAUGACCACCCGCGUAGUCGUCAUCACCUUCUGCUCCAACACCACCUCUCCAGCUCUCGUGAUGGGUUCUGUGCGCACCAACGUGGUGAUCAGCGUCUUUGUGGCGCGCGUCGUCUCGGCUGCGUCGUGCAUGACAAGGUCCUUGCUUGUCGACGAAGGCGCUGUUGGAGUGCGCAAAGCCAUGGAUACGAUGCACCAGAGCAGAGUUAGGACCGCGGCGAUGAUCAAGGCGCCAAUGGCGCCUUGCAGCCAGACGGGGGAUCAGUUGAGGUCACGCAUGGCUGGUUGCUGGAACCUUCGUCUUACCCUUCUUGCGACAAGAGUAGCACUUCUGAGUGGUCACGUCAGACUUGCGGAGGUGCACAAAGGCCGAGCCACGCUUGAAGCAAUGGCAGCCGGUGCAUUGUUGUUGGUGGCAGGAGGAUGGGAUCCAGUGGUCGGGCACGAUGGACGUGGGCACGCAGGGAUGCACGCGCGUCGACGUCAGGGCGUGCUCCUUCACCAUGAUGCGCUCCUUGGUCUGGCUUCGCGGAGGGAGGGAGGAGAACGUCGGCGGAGGAGGGGUUGCAUCGCAUUUGAAGGCGAAGCGAUCAAAGGGUUGGUGUCGUUUGCUUGUCUUUCGUGUGGUGCAGGGAGGUGCAGUCGGCCUUCUGCAUGGACAUGCAUCGCAGAGGCGGUGGGAGAAUGGCCUGCGCAUGGACAAAGAUCUCUCGGGCCAUCGUGUGUGCUCGGCGUGGCCACAUUGCCGCAGACAACAGGUGGGGUGUUGGUCCUUUGCUUCAGCGACACAUCCGAAAUGGGUGCACCCGACACUGGCUGUGCAAACAACUUCUCCACCCUCCAGCCUGCCUGUUUCGGCAACAUUCUGUGCGCUGAAAUGCUCCCACAUCGGACGCCGUGA